AUGGUUCACAUCACUUACUCCGACGGUGUUUCCAUCGGAAGACUGGCAUACUAUGUCCCAGCUCUAUUUGUGUCUGUUGUCGUUAUAGCCAAGCAUGGCGCCAGAAGAUCUUUUGGAUGGAUCUUCUUGACCUUAUUUUGUCUCAUUCGCAUUAUUGGAUCGGCCGCCCAGCUCGACACAAUCAACAACAACAACCCCAAGACUCCGGAGACUAUCGCUCUUAUCUGCACUGUCCUCGGACUAUCACCCCUUCUGUUGUCAACUCUCGGAAUCCUGACCAGAGUAUACCACUCAAUAUUGGACCAAACUGCGAGAACAAAGUUCUCAUUUGUGGUCCGAGCGAUACAGAUACCUGCGACGGUCGCUUUGAUACUUUGCAUUGUGGGCGCCGCAGACGCAAAGAGUCCGGCAGACAUCCUCUCAGAAUCAACAGUUCAUAUCGGCAUCAUCCUGUUUGCCGUGGUCUAUGGAUUAUUGGUCCUGCUCACUGGCUACGCGCUUCGCCAGUGGAGACUCACUGGUCUCGGCGAGUCGCGUCUGAUCAUUGCAGUCUGUGUCACGCUCCCAUUCUUGGCCGUUCGAGUCCUCUAUUCACUACUCGCCGCUUUUUCGCACGAUGCGAAGUUCAAUCCUUCGACCGGCUCUGCCAGCUCAACGACAAUUGCACUUGUGAUGGAAACCUUGCAGGAGGCGGUCGUCGUGCUUGUUUACUUAGCAGCUGGACUGAUGGUUCCGAAACCCACAGGGGAUUUCGGUAGGGAAAAUCAACGAUCAUGGCAUGGAAGAGACGGAGCCCCCCAGCAACACUAUGCUCUAAGCGAGCAGCAAAGGCAUGAACAGCCUGGGGUGUGA